CCGACAUAUCAACUUCCCCUAUUGAUUACGCUUGUCCACGUUAUAUUUCUCUUAUAUGUUUAACUUCUCUUUAUCAUAAAUUAUGACGCUUCCACCUAGAUUUCUGCUCAGCACUAACUCUUUCUCAACUCCACAGCCGCCGGUCAAAUCCUCCGCGGCGGAGCCGCCGUCGUUUGCAUCAGUGGAGCCCGACUUCGUCAUAAUCAUAGCUGCCCUACUCUGUGCAUUCAUCUGCAUCAUAGGACUCAUCUCGGUAGUUCGGUGCGCUUGGCUCCGACGAGUCGGUGAAGGUACCGGAGGUCAGUCAUCAUCGGCGGCGAACAGAGGGUUGAAGAAAAAAGUGUUACAGUCGCUGCCUAAGUUCACUUACGACAGUUCUUCUUCAACCACCGGCGCCGCGGCGGAGUGCGCCAUAUGUCUGGCGGAAUACAGGGAAGGAAACGAGAUUAGGGUUCUGCCUCAGUGUGGCCAUGGCUUUCAUGUUCAGUGUAUUGACACGUGGCUUGGUUCACACUCUUCUUGCCCAUCGUGCCGUCAGAUUCUUGUAGUUGGUCGGUGCCGGAAGUGCGGCGAGUUCCCUGCAGCUUCCGGCACCUCCAACGUUGCUCAAAUUCCUGGGCGGAGCUACCUUGCAUAAAGGGUUGAACAUGGUCCCCAGUUGAGCUGGUGAAGUUUAGUGGUUUUGCUUUGUCGAGAAGCUAAAGAAGAGAAGACGAUAAAUAUGAAGCUUCGUGCUUUUGUUAUGGAAAAGAAGAAGGUGACAAAAGGGGAAUGAUAUAUAUGCUGCUGAGUUGUUGAUAUUUUAGAAGGUUUCUAGACACUGUAAAUCUUUUUUAUCUUUUCGACUUAUCUUCUUUUUUACCCAGUUAUCUGAUCAUAUAAUAUGUUAUAAACAGUUUUUACUCUCCGCGUAUAUAUGGAAUAAUAUACAAUUAUACAUAUAA